CGAUCACGUACGAAUUCAAAUCAAACCAACACAACCGACUCGACCCCUCCCAAGUCCUCCCACCCUUCAACCAGUGCAGCGCCUCGCCAGCCAUGUCGGAGAAAGAUUUGACGGAGUUUUCGCGUGCUGGCCAGGAAGCAGAGCAGGAACCAGAGUCGGAGCCGCAGCGCAAGUGGGUGGCCCUCGUCUCCGUUGUCGUCUUCAGCAAAGAGGACGAUCGGACCCAGGAGAUCGUCCUCGGCACCGACGUGCUGCUCGACCUCCACGACCCGCCGCUAGCCUCCUACCUGGUGCUGCAUCCCCGCCUCGCCCCUAACUCCAGGCGUCCCGACGAGCCGCUGUCCGCCUACAUCCUCGCCGCCAAUAACGGCUCCGCCUGCAUCCUCCUCCAGGUCGUCUCAGGCAACCGCCUGGACUUCUUCCUCUGCGACACGCACAGUCGUACCGUCGACAUCGUCGCCCCGGUGUCCUGCCAUCUUCGGACAGACCAGGACAUCGACAUCCGCCCCCACCUCAGCAUCGGCCUCGUCGCCGACCCGUACGAACGCGGCCACAACGUGAUCUUCCAGCUUCACCCCACCACCUCCUUGUACCACCAGAGCAGGCUCCUCGUCUACCCCACCGCCAGACGCCGGUGGUUCGUCCUUCCCAUUCCCAUCGCCCGUCAAGCGGCCCACAUGUGCAACCCCUUCUCCGAGAACAGCGCGCUCGCCCACGACGGCCGCCUCUGGUGGGUCGCCCUCGCCUAUGGCGUAUUCUUCUGCGACCUCUUCACGCCCUCCUGCGCCUGGCGCCCCGAGCUGCGCUUCCUCCCGCUUCCGGCCGACUGCCAGAUGGACGGCUACGUCGCCUUCGAGCCCCGCGUCAGGACCCUCCUCCACCAGCGGCGCUGCGUCAGGACCAGCGAGGGCAAGCUGCGAUUCGUCGAGAUCCGCGGCCUCUCCUACGACGACCCACCCCGGGACCCGGCUAACCCCACCGUCUGGAUGUGGACGCUCCAAGACCCGGAGGGCCCGGAUCCCUGGACGUUCGAGUACGAGGUGCCCUUCGCCGAAAUUUGGGACAACGAGACCUACGCCGACGCCGGCCUGCCGCCGGGCGAGGUGCCCCACGUCGCUCUUGUCGACCCCAACGAUCACUGCGUCGUCUACUUCUUACAGGGCUCCAAGCUCUUCUCCUUGGACGUGCGCAAGAAGCAGGUCAUCGCCUGCAAGGAAUCCCUUAUAGACCGUGAUCAAGUCAUAUUGUUCCAAUCCUCCCGCCCCGUCGUCGAUGCCUGGGAGCUGCCGCCGCCACCACCUACGUUCUCGGGAGACGACGACGACCUUUUACCAGAAGAUGUUUUGUCUGACCGGGAAGAGAAACGCCAGGUGAACGAGUAUGUUCAAUCUUGGCUAGACCAAGUCUGGUUGGAGUGGACGAGGAGGGACGCGGACACGACGGACGAGGGGGCACCACCACCAUCUGAUGAACCACCUGAUCACUCGGGUGUCCAACAAGCUGGUGAUGAGCCGGAGAUACAAGCUCCUGGGACAGGGAGCCCAGGGGCACUGUGAUUAUAUUGGUCGUUUCAGCAUGUGGAAGCUUCUUUCGAUCGUCUUGCGUUUCACAUAAAAAUACAUAUAUAUAGUAGAGUGGAGCCUCCGGCUUUGUGUCAUGGACACGUCAUCCUUUCUCAUGCCAGUUCGUUGAGCUAUGACAACCUGCAAUGUAUUGUAUGUUUUCGAUCCGCUAAUACAAAUGAAAAUCACUGUUCAUUCCUU